CAGAAGCAUCUUCUGGCUGGAGCUUUUGGAUAAGUACUUUUCAAAAAAAGCAGUUGAGUGUUUGGCUGUAAAACUAUCAGAAGUGUUUUUUAAUAUGAGAGGUUGUGUAAAAUGACUAUAUAGGACUUAUAAUAUAAAAUAUGAAUAAAAAUUCUAAACAAUAAAAAGUAGUCAAAAUGGAUCUUGUUAGAUUUCUUUUAUAUUAAAUAAUAUUAUUUUACAAUUUAUUUUAUUUUUAAAAUAAUAUAAAUGAAGAAAAUUAUAUUUUUCUGAAAUAAAAUUAAAAAAUGGUAAGGAUAAUCUUGUAUUUUCAAAACAACUUUUCCCAGAAGCUCCAAAUCGGAGCUUCUGCUUUUAUGUUAUACAAAAGCGCUUUUCGGCUUUUCAAAAUCCGAGCUUUUACAGGUGUUUGGCCAUGCUUCAGCUUUUGAAGCCGAAAAGCACUUCUAAAAACCGGACCAAACAUAAGAAAAAUUAAUUAAGUUUAGUGAUCAAAAUGGUGAUUUGCAUAAACCCUUAAUCAAUUAUAUUAGCAUCCUGUCCGCUCCUUCUGUAUAACCCUUCCCUAUUCAUUUCUAACAAAUGAUAUUUUUUUUUUAACAAAUUAUAUUUUGAUCGUUUUAACUUGGUAUUUCAAAAAAAAAAAAAAAAAUUUGUCUAGAGAAGAAUUAGGUUACUUAAACGCUAAAAGAAAUUAUUAGGAUCAGAAGUUUUUCAUGUUCUACUAUCUUAUAAUAAAGUAGCUCAGUAAUACAUUUUACAACAUGAAAUCUAUAUGAGUUCAUAUCAUGGUGAUAAUGAUUAGUAGUACAUAAAAUUAUACCACGAUAAUAUGAAAGUUUAUCAUGGUAGUAUGAAUAUACAAUAGUGUAUGAUGAUUUUGUAUAUAUUAUAGCAAGAAUAUACUAAUUGUGAUUUAUAACAUUUCAUCACUAUCUACCACUAAUUAACACAUUAUAGCAAAGUGGUAUAUUUGACCUUAAAAUUCUCCCCAUAAAUUUAUAGAUUCAAUAGAUAUCGAUAAACUCGAUCCUUCUAGCAAAAAAAAAAAAUUGAGUGAAAACGAAAGUGGUAUAGAGUAUGGUGGGAACAAGUGGUAUGGGUGGUAAAAAAAAAUUCCUCAAAAUAUAUUAAAAAUUGAUAUCAAUCACAUUGAACCCAUUUUAGAUAUGGAAAAAAAAAUGAAAUCAAAAUUAAAAUAAAGAAGAUACAAAUAUAUUAAAAAAAUCCGUUAAUCUCACUCCUUAUAUAUGAUUCAACUUAAGUCAAGAGCCCAGAUGUGGUUAUGCGAGUUAUGUACCCUGCGGAAGCUAGGACCCUAUGUUAGACCAUCAAAUUUAAAACAAAGAAGCUACAAGUCUAUUCAAAAAAUAGGAAAACCAAAAAAUCUUGGAAGUUAGAACUAUAGUUAUCAUCUUAUUAUUAUUAUUAUUGUGUAGGUCAUCCAUCCUAGCACAAUGUUUAUCCAAAUACUUUUUAUCUUGGAAGUUCUUAUGGAAUCCGACGUAGUAAUGCUCAUACCUCUCCAUUUGUGGGUUUGACAAUUCCGACUGUCUUUGUUCAGUUUGACCACAAUAACAACAGUCAGUUAUCAUUUCUUGGUCCACAAGAAAGUGGAGGACACGAGGGGCCCCACUCAUCCACAAUGUGAACGGACAGAUGCGGGUGCUUUGAUUGUUCUGAGGGUUAAUUCUUAUCACUUUAUAAUUAAUUAAUUAAUAAUUAUUGUCUGUUCCAGACUGGAGUGUCCAGAUCCAGAUUUUGAUUACGUCGGAGCUUUUACUGUUUUAAUUAUUCUGAUUGAUUGAGUGUUAAAGGCAACACCAGGGGCAGUCAGUCCCCUAUGUGUACAUAUAUCAUUAACUAGCUACGUGGUUGAGCUGAUAAAUCUAGGACUGCUAAUUCGGUUUAGUGGUUAGCUUCGUAGUUAACCACUAAACCCUACGGAUAACUUCUAUUGGUAACUAAUUGGUAAUUUAUUUUAUUAGCGUUUAUUUUAAUAGUUAACCAACCGAUGAUUCUAUUGAUAAAAAAUGGGGCAACAAAACUUUUAAGAUACAUGAGUUUAGUAUGAUAUUUUAAAUUUAGGAACUCAUUCUUUCGUUGAUAUUAGCUCAUCCAAGGACCACACUCACCUCAAAGUGCAUUAGAUAUACCGAUUUUAGUAUUCAGUCAACUCAAAGUCGACAACCUUCAGCAAAUAUAUCGUGUUGAAGUUUGAUUGGAGAAUAAGAAUUCGGUUUUCCUAUUUCCAUUCAAUCCUUCAUCCUUCGCUUCUCUACCCUGCUGCACAUCUUGGUUUCAUUUUUCUUGUUGUUGGGAAAAUCAUAGUUUCAUUUCAAAGCUUCGGCGGUGGAGACAAUCAUUGAGGAACCAGUCACAACCAUCGUCGCCGCCGAAAAGCCCAAAGGCAAACUAUAAUUCUAACCAAUUUUGGCCCAGCUUAAGAGUAGAGAACAACAAGAAUAUUAGCAUUUAUCAAGAGCAUCCCAUUUGUUUACGGGUUGUACUUUACUCUAUGAGUGUCACAAUCAGAUGGCUAAUGAGUCGAGUCGAGUCAAGUUUUGUCUUCUUCGAACUUAGUUUGUUAAUAAAUUAGUUAAACUCGAAUUCGGUUCGUUUAUUAACUAGUUGAUCCGAGUUGAGUUCGAGCCGACUCAUUUAUUAAAACCUUGGUUCAUCAUUAAGAUCACAAGUUUGGCAUGAGUUUAACUCAAAUAGUUGAACACUUAAACUAAACUCUAUAGUAAUUUAUAAAUUAAAUACCCUAAUAUUUGUAUGUUAUGUUUGAUGCAUGUGAUAAAUUGAUCUCGUGUCCAUAUACUAUAUUGGUAUUUUAUUAUUUAGUUCAUAAAUUUUAGGCCAAAUACACUUGUGUAGCCAAAGUUUUGACGGUUUUGCCAAAUAUAGCUACUUUUGGCGAAAUACCAAAAAUAGCCACAUCCGUCCAAUUGUUUGACGGUGUUAGUUAACGUGUUGACUGGACUAACGGAAAAGCUGACGUGGCAACAUUUUGCAAAUAACAAUGUCAUGUGGAUUUAACUUUAAAAUAUAAAAAAUAAAACAAAAAAUGGAAGUGAAAAGUCUCCCUCUCUCCCUCGUCUUCUCCAAUCCCAUCUUCUCCCCCUUAUCCAUGUACAAUUAAUCGAGAAUCCCCAUUCAUCGCCGGCGAAAAAACUCCUCCCUCUUCUUUCGAUACCUCUUCCUUCGACUCCUUCCCUUCGAACUGAUUCCCUCUUCCUUUGAUUCCUCCUCUUCGUCGUUGAAGUCUUCACUCCCGGAAGGAACCCUAAGCCUCGUCUUUCUCGAUCAAUUGGGCUAUGGCUCCCGGGAUUCUAAUCAAAAGCUCCUUGCGUGGAGCCGGCUCUACCAGCUCCUUGGUGAGAUGCAGACGAUGAUGGAUUCUCCCGAAGAAAUCAGAUCCCCUCUCAACACCCUCAGAUUAAGAAGCUUUUCGGUCGUGACCCCUAGAGAACCUUCCGCCAUUCCCCUCUUCUCUCUCAGUUUGUCUAGGGUGUUCAGAUCUCACGCUCUAUUCCCUCGAUUCAAAUUGCAACCUUUGUUUUCUGGAUUUCGCCGUCACCCGCACCCUCGCUAUGAUCCUGUGCUUCGACGACGUCGCCGAAUCGCUCGACGAUCGGACCGCCACUUCGCAGCAGACCAGCUGCCUCCUCCUCCAUCUGGCGCUGAUGGCGGUUGUCAUCGUGGUAGCAGAGUAGUGCAGGGGCGUGGUGCAGAUAAAAGGCGGACAACGGCCGCGGCGGAGGAUGCACAAGAACUACUCAUCUCUGUGGAAAAUGGCGGAUCGUGCUCUUUCGCAGCCUGGAUUGUGUGGAGAGUAAACUUUCAAGGAUUCAGUUCGGCGGAUGGACACUUCCCAAAGUGAGGAGUAUGUGGAUGAGGCUCCGCCAUUGCUUUAUCUCUUCAUUAUUCAGGCUUUCAACUUCCCAUGGCCUGGAAUUUUGGCUGUGAUUGGCUCAUUUGUCUGUGUUGUGUCUUCUCACUUCUUUCGUUCUCUAUGUCUGAAACUCCAUCUGUCAAGCCGCUCCAUGCAUGAUCACCGGAGAGAGAGCGAGGGGAGGAAUGAACCCAGAUCUAAAGGUGCGGAACCCAGAUCAUACCGGCAACAUCCAAAGCGAUGAGUUGGCGGCUGGACCCAGUUCUAAAGUUUCUGUCUUUUUCCUUUUGGCAAAUUGCAGUGGUUGUAAUCCUCUAGCUAUGGCGAGCAGUCUGGUGGACGAGGCUGGAAAAGAAAAAUCGAUAUUUGUAGUUUUAUGAUUUUUCAUUUGUUUUUAAAUUAAAAUAUGACAUGGCAUUCAUGUGGCAAGUGUUGGUGAGUUGUCGAUGAUGUGUAAGGUGAGUUGGCAGUUAUAUCAUCAUUCCGUUAAUUCGAGUAACGGUGUCACUGACACCGUCAAACUAUGUAACGGAAAUGACUAUUAUUGUCAUCAAACUUUUAAAAUUUUGGCUAUUUUUGGUAUUUCGCCGGAAGUGGCUAUAUUUGGCAAAACCGUCAAAAUUUUGACUACACAAGUAUAGUUGGCCUAAAUUUUAAGUUCAUAUAAUGUAAUCUCAUAGUAAUUACUAUCUAAACAGUCCAUGAUACAUAAUUCAUCUUUUAAAUUAUAAGUGAGACAUAUUUUCUCACAUAUUCAAAGUUCUUAAACAUCAUACAUGGUGAAAUAUACAACUUAACAAGCUUAUGAAUUAUCAAGAAGUCAACUCAUAAGUAUAGAUCGAUUUGCUUAUAAGUUGAUAGUUGUAUUAGCUCAUUAGCCGCAACGUUGAGACAUCCCAUUAGCUUAAAACAAGACAGUUCACGAGUUAAACUCAAUAAGCCAUCGAGUCAAGUUGGUUCACGAGCCUCUUGAAUGAAUAAGGUUUAAGUUGAACUCAACUUGUUAGUAAACGAAUCGAUAUUUAAACGAUUUUUCACCGAAUCGAACAUCGAACCGCUAAUGAAUUACUCAGCUUAAUCUUGUCCAUAAUUACAUGGACAUUCUCUCUUCCGUUUCCCUAUCUUCGGACCCCAAAUCGUUUCCUCUCACGAGGAACAGAGUCAGAUUUCAACUUAGGAGUUGUCAGAAAUUUUUCCUAUGAUGAAUGGCUGAUUAUAAUGUUCCCAUCAAACUUUGACAAAUCAUUCAAAAAAUAAAUUAAUUGAACUUUUCCUCACAAAUUAUACACUCAGUGACAAAAGUAGGUGAAAACGAGGUUUAGAAAUAGAAAAUUACAUGGGUUUUAAAACUCCUAAACUACAAGUGACUGACAUAAAUGUAUGGAUUAUAUUGCCCAUUCUCUUGUUAUUUAAAUGUAAUCAUUUUUUUUUUACAGAGACCUGUUACAAGAUGCUAUUAGAGGGUGGGGGAGGGGGGGAUUGAGCGUCGUUUCUGGGAUUUGAAUCUAAGAGCUCCAGGUUGAUAAUCAGUGAUACGAUCAUUUAACCACAGUCUCGUUCACAUUUAAAUGUAACUUAGAUCACACUUUUUCAAACUACAAGACACCAUCAUUUUUUCAAAACUUAACUAAAAUGUUAUUUCAAACUCCAAAACUCCAUCCUUUGCUAUUUAACUCAACUAUAUAAGUGUUUUGAGUAUAUAUGUUAAGUGCUAAAAAAUAUACUACAUAUCAAACGAAAAGUUAAUAAUAUUAAAAAUGAAUUUAAGGG